UGUAAGAACUUCUGCAUGUUUUUGAAUGCUGUCACUUGAGAUUUUUCGUCAAAGUCAAAUGUGAGGAUUUGCGUUGCCUUUCAUUAUGAGGUAUUGUUCACUCCGACUCUUUAGAGUCUCAUGAGGGCAAAAUCUUGAGGCUUAAAGGCAAAGCAAACAAUACCUUCUGUUGUGAUGUGUCACAAAUCAUGACAUGAAUGUGACUUACUUAUUGAUUUUUGCCACAGUGUUUCUGGCCAGAAGAUGAUCAUGCUGGUUCAAGUGCAUUCCGGCAAUUGCCACCAGUUGAAGUAUCAUCUACAACUCUCUCCUCUGUACAGCAUCCUGUGCAGGAACAGUUCAGAGAAAACACUACUUUUAUCAGCUCUGCGGCAAGUACACCAGAUUUCAUGAAUAGCAUUGCCUUGGAAGAGCAAGAAUAUCCGGUUGAUAUGAGAACCCACAAAUCUCAAUAUCAAAUAAAGAAUAUUAAUUUAAUAGAUAAGGAACCUGUUCCAGAAAGAAACCCCCGGGAGUUGAAAUUAUCCGGAGACAAGGCCCGAGAUGUUAAAGAACCUGUCACUGCAGUGCAUCUGCCCCAAAAUGAAAAUGCCAUCAGGGAAUCUAAUAUAGACCACAAAACUGCACGAGAAACCAGUCCGAAAAAGCGGUUGAAAAUGCAUUCAAAAGGGUUAGCCGGUAGUGACCGAAAGGAUCUAUUCAUAUUCCCAGAAACGCCUCCACUGAUGCACAAGCCUAGUCCUCCAUCGGUAUACAUUUUCAAUGCACUUCUAGGCAUAAUUUUAUUCAUAGCUUUAUCUGGGACCUGGUUAUGGUAGGUAAUGCUUAAAGUAUAAAAAUUUUAAGCUAAUCUAACCCUGUAUGGCUCAAUCUAUGUUAUCUAGUUCUCAUUGAGUCGGAAGUCCAAGGCAUUCCAUGGCUAAGGUAUAUCCUUUUCCAUUUUCAGGUCAGUAAUACUUCAAGUUCAAAUGGGUAUUGAAUCUUAACACGGUAUCGACAGUCCCAUAUUGCCUAGUUUAUCAUCUUGAUGUAUCUACUCUUCAUGUGUAGUCUAUAGUAGCUGCAACAAAUGUGAGUAGCAGUCUUCUUACUCUUUCUCACUUUACUUUUCUGGAUAACAGGGCAAAAAUUCAUGAUGUAAAUGUAUGUGUUAUGCCAGGAUCCAUGGAAGAAGUGGUGGUUGUAUCCUUUGCCCUGAUAAGCUUGUUUUUCCUUUCCUUAUCCAUGUGUUCUACCGCUGUCUUGAAUUUUUUUGCCGUUUCAACUUUUUGUGGAGCAUAAGGGUUACGCCACUACAUUUGUAUUUGUUUUGUAUGGCUUGUAGUAUCCUUGUACUAACAUCAAUAAAUUUUUAAUUCAUUC